AUGAUUGGCCAACUAGCUCGCAUGAAGACUCACUCUACAAUGUUUAACUUCCACUUCUCAUCCGCCAUCUCAGUAGGGGAGACUCAAGGCAGCCUACGGUACACAGAGCACUUGAUCAGACUGAGGGCUAUGGCAGAGGCGGUGGACGAGGAGGAGGUGCUGAGGACUUCCUGCAUGAUGAAGAGGCCCCACUGUCGAGGCUUCCUGACCUGCCACGCCUGGAGGUACCGCUGGUUUGCUCUUAACCGAAGGAAUCUCAUUUACUACGACGGAGACAAGAUGAUCGGCCCGAAGAGGGAGAGGCGACGGGUGGAACUCUCUCGGGUGGUGUGGGUUGAGUUCGUCGACACCAGCGAGUUCGGCAGGAGGAAUGUGUUUCAGGUGUGUUGUAAAGUCAACGAUAAUCAGAGGUUUAUCAUCUACGUGGCUGCUGAAACCGACAACGAGAGAACGCAGUGGCUGUCAGAUCUACGGAAAUUGAUAGCCGAGAACCAGGUGUUAAGUAUGACCUACCACCCCAACACCUUUAUGAAGACACGAGGUCACUGGGGGUGCUGCUUUAAGAGGAAGAAAGACCUACCGUGUACAGAGAUUACCUGGACACCUGCCGAGCUUAACAACAAUCCCUCAGCAGAUAACGGCCGCUUACCCCAACAGGAGACCCCAGUGAACACCGCAGACGAAGGGCAAGGCAGCAUACAGUCCGAGAAUACAAACAGUGACUUUGUAGAACCUCGCACUCCAGAAUCCCAGGAAGACGAGAUCAUGGAAGCACUUUAUGACUUCGAUGGAGUUAAUACAGUGGACCUGACAUUACACAAGUACGAUGAAUUGUUGGUGGUAGAGAAGAUUAAUGAGAAUUGGUGGAGGCUGAAGAACGUCCAUACUGAGGAGGAGGGAGAAGCACCUAGCAAUUUCGUAGCGCCCCGGGAUCACAGCUACCUCAACAACUACGAAUGGUAUUUGGGAACGGCAAAGAGGCAGGAGGCUGAGGAUCUACUGCUGGAACAAGGGAGCGAGGGUGCCUUCUACGUGAGGAAGUCCAGAACUAGACCUGGAAUAUAUACUCUAUCCAUCUACAGUAAAACAGACUGUGGUGAUAGUCUUCCCGAAGGUGAAAUGCCGAUAAGACACUACCACAUCAGGAAGGACGCGGAUGGCUUGUACUACGUGUCGCAGUCGGUCAAGUGUCGCACCAUUCCCAAGUUGAUUGAGGAUCACCAGCACAAUCCAGCUAUGUUGUGUGCCAGGCUGAAGCACAGCGACAACGACCGCUUGACUUCCAUGGAGAGAUGGGAGAUCGAACCGUCAGACUUGAGGCUUUUAGAGGUCGUGUCGAAUGGCCCUACCUGUGUGUUGAGGCGAGGUCGAGUGCAGUGUCUUGACGUCAUCGUUAAGAUCAUGAUUCCUGCGGCGGUGACUGUAGAAGACUUCAUGGAGGAGGCCCGGCUGAUGACAAACCUCAAACACCCGAAUAUAGUGGAGCUCUUGGGUGUGUGUUCUCACCUGCCGGAGCCUUACAUCGUGACGGAGUGUAUGAAGGGCGGCUGCCUCCUCUACCACCUCCGUAACAACGAGAACGCCCUUCUCAACAAUGUCGACGUCCUCUUCAGAAUGUGUGCUCAGGUGUGUUCUGGACUAGCGUAUCUUGAGUCACGUAAGCUGAUCCACCGUGAUCUGGCCGCCCGCACCUGUUUCGUAGGAGCCGAUGACGUUAUUAAAGUGGGGAACUUCGGCUUGUGUAGGUACGUAAUCAACGAUCUCUACGUGGGGAAGAUAGAAAAAAACAUAGCCUUCAAAUGGGCUGCACCGGAAGUCUUGUAUCGCUCGAACUUCUCCUCUAAGUCUGACGUGUGGGCCUUCGGAGUGCUGAUGUGGGAGGUGUUCUCGUGCGGCAGGAUCCCCUACGGCAGGAUGAAUAACCAACAGAUCAUUGACUUUCUGGAGGCGGGACAGAUCCUAGAGAAGCCUCGAUUCUGCCUCAAUGAGGUCUACCAGUUAAUGACUCAGUGCUGGACUCGGGACAUCCAUCAACGCCCUUCCUUCAAGUCGCUCCUCACCUACUUCCAGCCUUCAGGAUAA